AUGUGCAUCCAGCACCCCGGGUUUCGCACAAUUCUCGAGAAACCGAAGAAGGGGAAGAUAGCUGCAUUCAUUAUCGACGAGAACUCGGUGCUUGGCGCGCAUUCGUUCCGGCACGAGUCCCCUUUCCUCGUCACCUCCGCGACUUUAAACCCGCACGACCUUCACGACGUGCGCAAAUCCGUGCAUACGGUUCGACACAAGACGUUCCCUCUCAAUAUGAGGAACGACCGGCCUAACCUGUACUGGGAAGUUCGCCACAUGAAAUCCGGCAUUUCGGACACCGAUGCGUUAUCGUUCCUCGUACCAGAGGAUAGGGGUCCGGAUGCAAAGCUCGACCGUGACGUUGUCUUCUUUGACGAUCUCGGAGACGCUAUGAUGGUCAUGCACCGUCGCGAAGUGCUCGAACUAUGGCGCAAACGAACCAGGAGGGAGAAAUACGCCGAGCGCGGCGCUCAUUUCGGCAUACCAGGGCUCAUGCCUGAUGUCGUCUUGACGGCUUUCGCCGCGAACGGCCGUUGGCACACGGUCGACGACGUCAAGCAUUCGGACAAUAAGUCGAAGACCCGUAGCUUGUGGGUACUGAAUUAUCACGGGGCCGAAGUUUAUGAGGAGCUGGAGGUGGUCGAUUCGCGUUAUCGGCAGGCUAAGAGGAGGAAGGAGGAGGAAAAGUUGGCUCGUGAACGAGCAGAAGCGAUACGGCUUGCGGAAGAGCGUGCAAAGAAAAAGUGA